UCACUCACUUCCGGUAUACUCAUCUGGAACUCUGGGUAAUGGAGUCUGGCGUAGUUGCUUUGUUAUUAGCAAGUUAGCAAUGCUAAAAAGUGUGUCGGGAUACUUAGGAAGAUACUAAAGGAUCGCCCAGGAAAUCAGCGAAAAUGAUGGGGAAAACUGUAAUAGUUACCGGGGCCAACAGUGGAAUUGGAAAAGCCACGACGGUAGACAUUCUGAGGCAGCGGGGUCGCGUUAUCAUGGCCUGCAGGGACAUGGAGAGGGCAGAGGAAGCCGCCCAUGAGAUCCUCGCUGUCACCGAGGCACACGCCAGGCAACUGGUGGUCAAACCACUGGACCUUGCAUCUCUGAAGUCGGUUCACGAGUUUUGUCAAGGCAUCAUUGAGGAAGAACCACGUGUCGACGUGCUCAUCAACAACGCCGGGGUCUACCAGUGCCCCUACUCCAAGACGGUCGAUGGCUUCGAGAUGCAGUUCGGGGUCAAUCACCUCGGCCACUUCCUCCUCACUAACCUGUUGCUGGACCUGCUGAAACGCUCAGCUCCGAGUCGGGUCGUCGUGGUGUCGUCCAAGCUCUACAAGCACGCUCACGUUAACUUUGAGGACCUGAACGGCGAGCAGCACUACGACAAGGCCUUCGCCUACGGUCAAAGCAAACUGGCCAACCUGCUGUUCAGCUUGGAGCUGGCUCAACGGCUCGAGGGUACCGGCGUCACGGCCAACUCACUGACUCCUGGCAUCGUCAGGACCAACCUAGGAAGACACGUCCACAUCCCCAGCAUGGCAAAGCCCUUGUUCGGCCUGGUUUCCCGUGGCCUGUUCAAAAGCCCUGAGGAGGGGUCCCGGACCUCGGUCUACCUGGCCUGCAGUCCGGAUGUGGAGGGUGUCCAGGGAAAGUGUUUUGCGGACUGCCACCCACAGGUGCUUCUGCCCAAGGCCACCGACAUGAACGUCGCCGGUAAACUUUGGGAUAUCAGCGAGGUGAUGGUGGGCAUCACCACGUGAAACCCCUUUUGGUUGCAGCAGGCAAAUGCAGAAGCUAAAACAACUUUCACUUUUCUGUUAAUUUCUAGAAUCAAUCUUGAGUGUUAGAUUUACAGUCCAAAGACAACUGCUGAUUAUCCCACACAUCACAUGGAAAUCACGAAGUGUGUGUGUGUGUGUGUGUGUGUGUGUGUGUGUGUGUGUGUGUGUGUGUGUGUGUGUGUGUGUGUGUGUGUGUGACAACCAGUGGAAUGUUGAUUACAGUUUUUUACGAUACAAUAAACACUAAAAUCUAAAGUUUUGCCCAAUUAUCAAAACCUUACACUCAAGGACUAAAACUCGGCCCCAGAUUUGCACCACUGUAAGCACAAUGAGUCCGUUCACACUUUGUGCAAAACAAUACACACAGUGAUUUGAAACACUAACACACGCGUCUAUGCAUUAGACACAGAAGUAUAUCAAGAUGUCACUUCCUUGCAAUUCUAAAGCACUGACUAUCAAAUUACCACACCCAUGAGCCAGUUGAUUGAACACUGCCAUCAGGUGUGCAAACACAAGAUUGCUUAAUUGUAGACACACCAAUCAGGUUUAAGCACUAUAAAAAUGCAGCAGGUGAGUUCACCAAACUUAACCAAAAUGGAAGGAAGAGGAAGAGUGAGGAUGAGAGGGGGAAUCGGAGAAGGAGGAGAAGGAGGCAGAGGCCGUGCCAGAGGUAGAGGCCGAGGUAGAGGUAGAGGAAGAGGAAGAGGAAGACUUCAAGCAGGAGGAGGUGAAGCUCAAAGGAGAAGAGGUCCAACUUUAAGCAAUGAAAUUCGCGCAACUCUUGUGGACCAUGUUGUGAACCAUGGAUUGACGCUGAGGGAGGCUGGACUGAGAGUCCAGCCAAAUCUCAGCAGAUUCACCGUGGCAUCUGUCAUAAGGGCAUUCAGACUGGAAAACAGGUACAAAAAUUACCUGUUUACAGCUUCUUACUGUAUGCACCCCAUAUCAGCACUUUUGAUACCCCUUCCUGUGACAUUUUACAGUAGGUUACAUGUGUUUUGUUCUACAUAGGAUUGAGGGUCGAGGACAACGAGGAGGAAGGGCUCCCAUUUUCACACCACUGCAGGAGAGGGAGAUUGUGAAUAUGGUUUUGGCAAAUAAUGCCAUCAGGCUUCGUGAAAUCCAGGCCAAAAUUAUUGAAGACCAAAUCAUUUUUCAGAACGUGAAUCAGGUCUCUCUGUCCACCAUAGCUCGUAUCCUGAAGGCACAUCAGGUACAAUUUAAACAGAUGUACCGAGUGCCUUUUGAGAGGAACUCGGAGAGGGUCAAACAGCUGCGGCAUGAGUAUGUGGAGGUAUGUAUUGUUCACUUUAGCACUCUGAUGUUGCAUACUGCACACAUAACCUUUUUUUACAUGUAAAUGUGCUGUACACUAAAUCUAUGCUGAACUACACAAUCUUGUCUCACUGUAUUUUCGAGAGUCUUACAAAUGGAUGCUGAGGCCAUUCAGCAUGAGUACAUCUACAUAGACGAGGCAGGGUUUAACCUCUCAAAGGUCAGAAGGAGGGGAAGAAAUGUAAAUGGCCAGAGGGCAAUUAUUAGCGUCCCGGGGCAACGUGGGGGUAACAUCACCCUUUGCGCGGCAAUCACCCAGAAUGGGGUCCUCCACCGCCAUGCCAACAUGGGUCCGUAUAAAACCCCUCACAUCCUUGCAUUUUUAGACAGAUUAUACAACCUCACAAUCAAUAACAUACAGAUCCAAUACAUUGUCACCUGGGACAAUGUUUCAUUCCACCGCUCUGCUCUGGUUCAGAACUGGUUUACACAGCACCCAAAUUUCACAGUCCUUUUCCUGUCGCCAUAUUCACCAUUUCUUAACCCAAUUGAAGAAUUUUUCUCGGCAUGGCGGUGGAAGGUUUACGAUCUGCACCCCCUGGCUCGGGUAGCCCUCAUUCAGGCCAUGGAGGUGGCCUGUGACCAGGUUGAGGCCACAGCCAUACAGGGGUGGAUAAGGCAUGCACGGCGAUUCUUUCCCCGCUGUCUGGCGAAUGAGGAUAUCGCCUGUGUAUGUAGAUGAGGGGGGGGGGGGGGUAUUUUUUUGUUCAUGUUAUGUUCAUGAAAACUGGGAAAUGUUUUUUUGGUUGGCUUGUUGCCUUGAGCAUAUGGAAAAAAAUAAAUAACAUUGUCAGCAGCAUUAGUCUUGUGUCCUGUGUGGUUUCUACAGUAAUGCAUACAAGUGUGUUUAGUGUUCACUGUGUGUAUUGUUUUGCAAAUAGUGUGGGCAGACAUUGUGUUUACAGUUGUGCAAAUCCGAGCAAUGUUUUGCAAAUUCACUGUGUGCUUCACCUAUACUACUCUAUGCACUUAGAAGCAGAAUUAGCCGAAAGUGUUUAAGGUUUUCAACAGCAGAGUGUAACUGGUGCAAACAGAAUUAAGUCAUAUGCAACGUGUGUGUUUCAAAAGAAUAUGGUUUUGAUAAGUUAGUGUAUAGUUUUUACAAGAGUGGUUCAUUUUGCAAAGGAGCUAAGGUGUUUUGCUAAUUGGGUUUGUGAUUGUGCUAUUCGUGUUUUGGAUUUUGCUAAACAAAACAAAACAAUCAAAAUUGUGUUUAUUGUAUUGUAAAAAACUGUAACAGAUGAAAACCAUGUGCAAUUGCUGGCUGUAUCAUUUCAUUGCUUCAAUUAUUUUGUUACGUUUAUAUCCUGAAAUAAUUAUUUUAUUGUUCGCACAAAUUUUGUAUGACUAAAUAUAUGUAGGGUAUAUGCUAUACACAUUUAUUUAAGUGUAACACUUGACUACAAAUAACAUUUUAACCAUUGGUAAUGGGUUUGUACAUUAUUAAACUUAUUGCAAAUAUACCUUGCAGUUUAGUCUGUGAUUGUAAUUAAAGACUGCAGCUCCCUUUUUCUAGGAUGAUUUUAAAUCAUUCUGAAAUGUGGAUGUCACAUUGGUUAUAAUGGAAUGAUUGUAAUAAUCUUCUUUAGGCUGUGGCUACACCCUGUAGGAGUACGAUCGAUGGGGAUCCUGUGUAUGGUGUUCCCCCUGUGAACUGGAGAUAAAUGCCCAUAUUGUGUGUGUGUGUGUGUGUGUGACCCUUGACAUGGCACCCCAUCCACCCCCUACGCCCAUGGUCAGCUGGGAUGGGCUCCAGCCACCCGCAGGCCUUGCCAGGAACAAACUGGUGCAGUAAAUGGGUGGGGAUACAGCCAUUUAAGCCUUUCAAUCCAUUACCUCACUUACACAAGGAAUUCAAAUAAAUCAU